UCCUCCCCCCACCCCUCCUGUUGGUGGGUUGAGGAUUAAAAAAGCAAAUCGUCCUCGUCCUCAUCCUCAGCGCACUCCUCCUCGGUGCGGCCGCGAGUGGCCCCGCACCCCGGGAGCAGCCGGCACUUUCCUGGGGGCUUCUCAGGUGCAAGAGCAAACCCGCGCCAAGUAAACGCGCUUCAAAGGGCAGCGGCGCCCCGGGAAAGCGGCUCGGGUCUGUGUGUGUGUGUGUGUGUGUGUGUGUGUGUGUGUGUGUGUGUGCGUGUACGUACCCGGGGAAAGAUCGAAAGAGAAAGAGGCGGUGUGUGUGUGCAUGUGUGCGUGCGAGUGCAUGUGUGUGUGCCCCACUCCGGACAGGGCAGGACGGCUCCCAGAUCGCUGCCCACGGAGGGGGAGGCUGCUUUGCUCUGGCUUUUGCCAAGUCAGGUGCUGCUGAAGUUCACUAAAGAGCUCCUCUCUCUCUGCUCUGCCCCUUCUCCCCUCUCUCCCUACAGGUGAUCAAAGACCGGCCCCGUCUGCACACGGAAGACACCGGGGGCACCGCGCUCCUCGGGCAUUUUUUUUUUGCCGUUGUUGUCGUCCCUUUUUCUUUCGUUGUUUUCUCGCUCCCUCCUUUUUUUUUUUUUUUUCUUCUAUUUUUUGGAACCGGUUCUUCUUUGGCAGCCUCGUUUUAUUUUUAAUUUAUUUUUUAGUUUUUGUGUUGCUUUAUUUCCAAGCCGCCACCUCUGUGUGUCCCUGUCACCCCCCUUGCCCUCCUCCCCCACGCACCCUCCCGCUGCCAGCCCGUGGGGAGGAGGAGGAGGAGGAGGAGGAGGAAGAAGACACCCGCACCCUCCCGAAGAGCGAGCGCGGAAGAUGGAGGUGUCCGCGGAUCAGCCGCGGUGGGUCAGCCACCACCACCCGGCCGUGCUCAACGGGCAGCACCCGGACUCGCACCACCCCGGGCUGGGCCACUCCUACAUGGACCCCACGCAGUACCCUCUGGCCGAGGAGGUGGAUGUACUUUUUAACAUCGAUGGACAAGGCAACCCCGUGCCCCCCUACUACGGCAACUCGGUGCGAGCCACCGUGCAGCGGUACCCGGCUGCCCAUCACGGUGAGUGCGGGGCCCCCGGGGGUGGGAGCCCCCCUCGGCGGGCCCGGCCGGUCCGGCCUGCUGAGCCGGGGCCUAGCGCGGACACACGGAGCCCGCCGAGCACGGGCUCGGCGCGGCAGGACGAGAAGGACUGCGUCAAGUACCAGGUGGCGCUGCCCGACGGCAUGAAGCUGGAGUCGUCGCACUCGCGGGGCAGCAUGGCCUCGCUGGGGGGCGCCCCGGCCGCGCACCACCCCAUCUCGUCCUACCCGCCCUACGUGCCCGAGUACGGCUCCGGACUCUUCCCGCCCAGCAGCCUGCUCGGGGGGUCGCCCACCGGCUUCGGCUGCAAGGCCCGGCCCAAGGCUCGCUCCAGCACAGAAGGCAGGGAGUGUGUAAACUGUGGGGCUACCUCAACCCCCCUGUGGCGGAGAGACGGCACCGGGCACUAUCUGUGCAAUGCCUGCGGGCUCUACCAUAAAAUGAAUGGGCAGAACCGGCCCCUGAUCAAGCCCAAGAGAAGGCUGUCUGCAGCGAGAAGAGCAGGCACAUCCUGUGCAAACUGUCAGACCACCACUACUACUCUGUGGAGGAGAAACGCCAACGGCGACCCCGUCUGCAAUGCCUGCGGGCUCUACUACAAGCUGCACAAUAUUAACAGACCCCUGACUAUGAAGAAGGAAGGAAUUCAGACCCGAAACCGAAAAAUGUCUAGCAAAUCCAAAAAGUGCAAAAAGGUCCACGACAACCUUGAAGACUUCCCCAAGAGCAGCUCCUUCAAUCCCGCCGCCCUCUCGAGACACAUGUCUUCCAUCAGCCACAUUUCACCUUUCAGUCACUCUAGCCACAUGCUGACAACACCGACACCGAUGCAUCCGCCAUCCAGCCUCUCUUUCGGACCUCACCAUCCUUCCAGUAUGGUCACUGCCAUGGGUUAGAGAGACACUUCCCUGCUAAAUGCUUAAGGUCUCAAAAUGAGAUUUACUUUAUAUACUUGCAUUUUUGCAGGCACGCGGUUUAUCGAUUCGGAAGCCCCCCCCGCCCCCCUCCCCCGCAAAAAAACAAAACGGAAGAGAAAAAAAGGGUGAUUUGAAGGCGUAAAAGCAAAAAAAGAAAAACAAAAAACCCCACAAAAACAAACAAAAAAAGAAAAUAAAAAAGGUGAUGCUUGCCACUUUUUAAAGGAGCUCACUAUGGUGUCUAUGUAUUCUUAACCACUGAAUCUGGAUCCCAUUUGUGAAUAAGCCAUUCAGACUCACAUUCCCUACUGAACAGGGUUUCUAGUGCUGUGAAAAAAAUGCUGAACAUUGCAUAUAACUUAUAUUGUAAGAAAUACUGUACAUUUGAGGAAGACUUUAUUGCAUCUGGGUAGCUGUAAAGAAGGGCAUGAAGGACUCCAAGAAACAAAAAAUGUUAAAAAGAGGACGGGGAGGACAUUUUAAAGUAACGGACUAAGAAGAAUUGGGUCUAACGAACAAAUGGACAAAAACCGCUAGCCUCGUCUUCUGUCGGUGGCUGGCUCCAAACGUUGGAUGCAUUAACUAACUAACUAACUAAAUAAAACUGUAGGCAGAUCAUUCAUUCAAAGCAGCUGGCCUUUUUACGUAGGAAGUACUAAUGGUUUUCAGGGCAAUCAGUGUUAACAUACAGAUAUGUCAAAGAGGGUUUUCAGAUAGCCAUUUUCCAGGCCUAUAUGCAUUGUGAACACGUUCCUGUAAUUGUUGUUUGUAUGUAUAAUUCAAAGCACCAAAAUAAGAAAGAUGUAGAUUUAUUUCAUCCUAUUAUACAGACUGAAUGGUUGUACAUAUUUACUUACUGCUAGUGAUAAGACCUGCUUUUUUUUUUUGUUUUGUUUUCAUAUUUUUUCCUCCUUUUUUUGAGAAUAAACUAGAUUAAAUUCUGUUGA